AUGACAUUAGAUAGCUCAGUAAAGGAUGACUUGACCUGGUGGUUAACCAAGCUACCCACAGCUUCCUGUCCAAUUCGAUCUUUUCAGUUUGUUACGGAAAUAUACUCUGAUGCGUCCCUCUUGAGUUGGGGAGCGCACUGUAAUGGACAGAACGCGCAUGGGUUUUGGUCUGAAUCAGAGAGGAAGCUGCAUAUUAAUCAUCUAGAGUUAAUUGCAGCUUUCUUUGGAUUAAAAUGUUUCGCUCAGGAGUACAAAAAUGCUGAAAUAUUGUUGAGAAUCGACAAUACCACGGCGAUCGCAUACAUUAAUAGAUUAGGCGGCGUUCAGUACCCAGAAUUGAACAGGCUAGCUAGAGAUAUCUGGCAGUGGUGCGAGCAGAAAAAACUCUGGAUUUUCGCAUCGUAUAUUCCGUCAAAGGAAAAUACUGAUGCGGACAGGGAAUCAAGAAGGUCGAACAUUGAUACAGAAUGGGAACUAGGGGACAGCUUCUUCGGGGAAAUAGCGCGGAAGUGGAAAAAUCUGGAAAUUGAUCUCUUCGCGAUGCGUGUUAACGCAAAGAUACAAAAAUUUUGCUCUUGGAAAAGAGACCCGGAAGCUUUUUGUAUAGACGCGUUCACAAUGGAUUGGGGAAACUAUUUUUUCUACGCUUUUCCGCCGUUCUCAAUGAUAAUGCGAGUCCUUCGGAAGAUCAGGCUAGACAGAGCGGAAGGGAUUGUAGUGGUCCCCUACUGGCCUACACAACCUUGGUUCCCAGUAUUUACAGCAAUGUUGACUGAAGAUCCAUUAAUAUUCUUACCAUCAAUUAAAUUACUUUUAUCUCCCUGUAGGUCACUGGAGCAUCCUCUGAUCAAACACCUUUCCCUGGUGGCAGGGAAGUUAUCCGGCAGGCAUACCGGAAAAAACAACUACCAGAGGAAGCUUUUGAAAUUUUCAUCGCAUCUUGAACUAAGUCGACAAUCAAGCAAUAUAAUUCAAGCCUAA